GGACGCCAAAAUGGAAAAAUGCUGGUUCACCCUCGCUCAAAACCAUUACCCACCAUCAACCCCAACCCAAAAGGGCCCAAUCCAACUAGGCCACCUCCUCUCAUCACUCAUCCCUCUACCGCCCCCAAUAAACACCGCCUCAGGCCCUCUCCCUCUCCCCGCAUACAUGCCCAUCUACCCCUCCCGCCUCACAGACCUCCGCUGGCAAUCCGCGACUAGCUCCACUCUCUCCGCCUCAGCAACUGCCCAGCUCCCCAUCCCCCAAGCGAUGGGACUAGUAAGUGCCGGCGGCGGGGCGGGUAUUGCGUUCCAAAAAUCCAUAGCGCGGUUCUGGUGUUUCGACGCUGUGGAUGUGGAGAUUAUUCAGCCAGAUGAGGAGUAUAUUGAGGAGAGUUUGGAGGUUGAGUGUGUGAAGGCUUGGAUUGAGAGGAAACGGAAGAAGAGUUUGAUCGGGGCUUGGUCAAUGUUUAUGAUUACGGGUUUGGCGAUUGCGAGGGGUGUCAGGGGGGAUAAAGAUAGUGGAAUGGUUGAAGGGAAGGGGUGGGGGAUUGAGUUGGGGCCGCAGGUAUCUCUACCCAGUAUUGUCGACGUCGGUAUAUCCGGCGGGGUUGGGAGAACAGGCGGGCAGGAGAUGACAUUUAGCGGCUGCUCGGACUUUGUGUGGGCGAUUCAGGUGAUGCGGAUAUCGAAGCGGUUUAUGUCGUCGGGAUGGAGCUUUGAGCCCUAUGUGAAGGGAGCAACCUACGCAGUGGAGGAAGAGGAGGACAUCGAAAAGAUGUUGGCUGGGGAGGGAGUGCCCUUUGAGUCUAUUCAUCGGGAUGGUGAUGAUAUAUUCGUUGUUACUUCACAGAAGGAUCAGGAGAUUGUUGAGGACUGAGGUGAAGGAAAGUUGACUGCUUCAAAAAUCGUACCGUCUAGGCAGAGCACUGUAUAUAGAUCCUCUUAAUAUCUCAUGAACAAUGGCACAACCUUGUUGUGGUUGCUCUUCUCACAGGCUCCAAUCUGUAGGCUCCAUAGAUCAUACGCGCCAGCCACCAAAGCCGAUCCACAAAAUAAAUGACAACAGCUUCUUGAUAAGGUGUACUCCGGCUUUUCCAUAAGCCAGCUACUUGCUUCUACACAAUAGAGGGGCAUUGGCUG